AUGGCUACACAUAUGCGGGAGAGACGGGUGGCCAAGGAGCGCCAAAAGAUUGAAAAGUCGGGCCUUCCACCCGGGAUCGAGCUCAUUGACGGCGAUAAUCUCAAGGACUGGGCGUUCGACAUUCGCGUCCUGGAUUCGAACCCGCUCUAUGCGAACCAGACAUUCCGCCUCAAAUUCCAAUUCCCCCAGUCGUAUCCUAUAGAACCGCCCGAAGUCACCUUUGAAAUGAAACCCGACCGCCCGAUUCCCAUCCACCCUCAUAUAUAUUCAAACGGCAUUAUAUGUCUCGACUUGCUUGAUAGCCAGGGGUGGAGUCCUGUACAGAGCGCAGAGAGCGUCUGCAUGAGCAUACAAAGCAUGCUGACCAGCAACUCCAAGAAUGAGCGUCCUCCUGGGAAUGAAGAAUUUGUCAAGGGAAACCGGCUUCGGCCGCGGGACAUUGAGUUUCUGUUUCAUGACAACACUGUUUGA